UGUUGCGUCACCGCAUGUGGGUGUGGGAGCAACUUUAGGAAACAAAGUGUCCAUCGCUUCAAAAGUAGCAGACGCUUAAACCGCUUCUCAGCUGCUCUGAUAUUUCCGAUAAAGAAAACGCAGAGAGAUCCGCAGAAGUUCGUAUCAGCGACUUGGUUCAGCUCUCAGUAUGUCUGAUGGGGACUAUGAUUACCUCAUCAAGUUCCUGGCUCUCGGGGACUCCGGGGUGGGAAAGACCAGCUUCUUAUAUCAGUACACAGACGGCAAGUUCAACUCCAAAUUCAUCACCACAGUGGGGAUAGACUUCAGAGAAAAAAGAGUGGUGUACAAGUCCAGCGGCCCUGAUGGCACGGUCGGGAGAGGACAGAGGAUUCACAUCCAGCUCUGGGACACGGCCGGUCAGGAGAGGUUUCGGAGUUUGACCACAGCGUUCUUCAGGGACGCCAUGGGCUUCCUGUUGCUCUUUGACCUCACUAAUGAGCAGAGCUUCCUUAACGUGCGGAACUGGAUGAGUCAGCUGCAGACGCAUGCGUACUGCGAGAAUCCCGACGUGGUUUUGUGCGGAAACAAAUCCGACCUGGACGACCAGCGCGCGGUGAAAACGGAGAACGCGCGAGAACUGGCCGAGAAAUACGGUGUCCCGUACUUCGAGACGAGCGCCGCGAACGGAGAGAACGUGAGUCGCGCCGUGGAGGUUCUCCUGGAUCUGAUCAUGAAGCGCAUGGAGAAGUGCGUGGACAAAUCCUGGAUCCCCGACGGGACGGUUCGAGCCAACGGCCACAGCGGCAGCGACCUGAGCGAGCCUCGAGACGCCGAGCAGAGCAAGUGCAGCUGCUAAGAAUCCUCCCGGACGAGGCUCUCCGACCCCCUUCGUCACGCUUCGGCUGAGCGGAUGUCGGGGACCGGAGACCCUGCUCUGCGUCGGUCGUUUUCUCAGAAUGCAUGAACUAAAGCCUCCUAAAUUCAAAGUCUUCACGUUUUGAGAGCACUUUACACCAAACCCCCCGCGUUCAGAAACCUUAAUGCAUCAGAAUGAAUGUCUGUUUCACUGUUUAAAAAAAACGAGUGCCUUUCUCCGAUCCCCACGGUUUUGUGUCGGUUUACGAAAACCCCACGUUCAACCACUGAAAGUUUUUUAAAUAUUUGUUUAAAAUCUGUAUUUGUACAAUGCACGACCUGUCGCUUUUUCUACAGAAAUUAAGAAAAGCGUCACACGACUUGAAAUGGCGUGAUAUUUAGCUGUCAGGUAAAUAUUUGUUGGAAAUGUAUAACCCUGGACCCCGAGACCGGUCCCGAGGGAGCAUUUAUUUGGAGAUUUGAGAUUUAUAAAUCAUCUGGAAGCUGAAUGAUGAGCUUUCCAUUGACGUGUGGUUUGUUGGGAGCAGACGAUAUUUCGUUGAAAUACAGCUGGAAUCUAUGGGGGGGAAAAAAAAGAGGAAAAUUUUAUAUAUAUAUAUAUAUAUA